AUGUCCACGAAACCUUUCUAGCGUGAACUAAAAUGCAAAUCGGCAGGAUCUGCCCAUAUGCGAAUCAUUUGGCCUCAAACUCCAUCCAUUUGCGAUGUCCAUAGCAUCGGACAGGACAGUGUUCCUCUGACUGCAUGGAUGAAGGACAUAAUCAAAUAGCGCCCUCGUUCAACAUAGACUUAUCCACAACCCUAAUUUCCCUCACAGGAUAUCUUUGUUGUGAACAUAUUGGAGACCAAAGAAUUGGGGGUGCGACAAACUGGCUCUUACCAGUCGUCGCGCUGAGCAAACGACUUCACUCGAUAUACGUAAUCCGCCUUUUCAAAGGCCAUUGGGCUGUUUUCUUCGUUCUAUCGUCCUUCAUUUCCCAAGCCGUCGUACUUUGCAGCAACAGUGCUAUACAGGUAUACCAGCACAACUGCUUCUUCCGAUCAUUUUCACGAUCGGGAGCAGCAUCUCUGCAUGAUCUUUCCGUCAAAAUGAGCGUGCUUGUUUAUCUUCUCUGGAUUGGAUACUCCUCAUUCUGGUGAAGGACGUUGGGGUUUUCUAUACCCUUGGAUACAUCGCAGCUGCCCUUGCUGUCCAAGUACUUGUGGCGGAACGUUUUCUGGAACGGUAUUGCAGAAAAUGUGUCUCACGUGCAUUCGACCACUCCCAUGUGUUCCCCUCUAAAUGGACGGUCAACUCGGGGUUCUUCCCCAAGGAAAUGUCUCGUCAAAGCCGUUCGCCAAUGUCUUUCUCAUUGGCACCCAAGUCCUCUUUG